UUAAACGACGUCGUCGCAGCUCUGAACGCAACCUUUGGCCACGCCGACGCACCACAACACCCGCUCCCCGACGAUCUGAUACGCAUCCUUACUGUAUAUGUCGCAAAGGCGAGGAAGGAAGGAGAAGGUCUACACGAUGAACUGCGCGCCAUCUACGGCCACCACGUCGAGGCGCAUGCGAACAAGCUGCCGGCAUUCGUCUCUGUUCUCAAAGCCCUCCGCCCUGCCAUAGCCACCCAAGACCGUCUUGCCAUCUGGUUCCAAUGUGCCAUCAUACCCUUUGUCCAUCUGCCUGGCACCAGCCGAGUUGCCAUGUCGGACGCUCAAGACUUUGUCCUCGACUCGCUCGCAUAUGACACUGAGAGCCAGGAUGCCCGUGACAAGGCUCGCGCUGCUGCCCAUCUCUCCCACAUCCUUCUCGACGCUUUGCUCUCACAUACAACCCCUCGUCCGGACGCUUCGUCCAUCCAGACUGAGGACCACGCCGCUUGCCAGCUUCAGGUCAUGCUGAUCACCUUUGCUCGCAAGAAUCCGCGCGACUUCUUCGUCUCGGUUGACCAUUUCCUCGUACAACCCCAAACACGCAUGCAAGCCCUCGAUCUGCUUGCUGCCGUUCUUGAACAGCAACAUGCCCAUUUGCACCUGGUCCUCGACACCACUGUAGUCGAGCAUCUUCUCAAAUGCCUCAUGAACGACACAGCCACAGUCGUUGUCUCAGCUGCCCUGCGAUGCCUCAUCAUGCUGCUCCCACACAUUCCUGCCACUGUAGCAUCUCAGCUUCCGAGGUUGUUCUUGGUCUACAGCCGCUGCCUGUGCUGGGAGAAGUUCAGUGCCUCGAGUACUAAGGCUCAGCGCGACCUUGUUACUGAUGAUCGCGUUCGCCGCGACUCUGAUUCUGAUCUUGACUCCGAUCAAGAGCAUGGAGAUGAUCCUACCUGGCAAACUCUGCGCGCUUUACCCGAUAUGCCCGAAUCUUCCGCCCCCGAGUUGUUACAUUACUUUACUUACUUGUACGGCCUGUAUCCUCUCAACUUCAUGAGCUAUGUCAGGAAGCCUCGAAAGUAUCUCAAGAACAUCGAUUUCCCCGGUGCCGACGAAUUCGAUCUGGACCAGACCGUCAUCAGAAGCCGCACUGAGCAAUUCCAGCGUGUUCACUUCCUGCAUCCAAGCUUUUUUGCUACCACAAUCGAAGAGGAGUUGACCGAGAACCGCUGGCUCAAGGCCGAGCCUUCAGAAGUCAUCGCAGAAUGCCAUGGUCUUUACGCAGGCGAGCAUCCUAUGUUCAAGAGUCCCGCACCUCCUCCAUCGACAAAGCUGCCGGCAGUGCCUAGUUUCUUAGCCUCUGUCUCGGAACCAUCACAACCAGACAGCCCUACCUUGCCUCGCCAUCCUACUCGAAGCCCAACUGAACUUUCGGUCGAUUCAGCAUCCUCAAAGGACCUCUCGUAUCUGCAGCGGGAGCUGAUGUUGCUACGAAAUGAACUCACAUUCGAGCGUUACCUCAAGCAACAACACGUGGCUACCAUUGGUCAGCUCAAACGCAAUCACAUCAAAGCUGUUACUGUUGAGGCCGAAACGGCCACCCUGAUCAAUGCAAAUCGCGCGCUGCAAAAGAAGCUGAGCGACUCCAACAAAUUCAAUGAGAAGAUGCAAAAGGAAACACAGGCCCGCAGAACUCAUACAAAGCAAAGUGAAGAGCAACUCAUGGCAAAGAUUCGUACCCUCAAGGGAGAACUCGCCGACCAAGAGACACUACAACUCCGCCUCACUCAAGCCUCUAAGGACUGCGAUCAACUUCGUCUGCUUCUCGUCGAAAGCGAAUCACGUGAAUCUAAUAAGCAGGAGGAACUCGAAACUCUUGAGGCGCGUAUAAAGAACCAAGAAGCAGCAGACCAUCAAAAUGUGGAGCUGCAGAGGCAACUUCGGGACUAUCGCGAUAAAGAUAUUGCACUCGAAUCCAUCCGUGCAGAACACGAAUUGGCUAAACAAGAGCUCGAGAGCACAAAGUUCAUCUUGCAACGUCGCGAGCAAGAGCUUGAAAGACUAAAAGCUGCUCAUGAGGCCAAGAUGCGAGAAUACGAACUGCGA